UUUUUUUUAGGGAAAGCCAUCCUGUACAUUUAGAUAUGAAAUAAGCAUUACAUCAUUCACUAAAUCCGAUAAAAUAAAUGAUAAAGGUUUCUUAAUCCAAACACAAAAUUAAGAACCAUAAAUAAUUACUGAGUCGUCAGAGGCCAACAAAUAAAAAAGAGACCUUCCUCCCCUCCCCUCUGCCCUCGCGUCCCCUCGAUCGCUCGCACUCGCUCACUGCGCGGCGGACGCCACGCCCGGGGUGAGAUCCGCGUCGUCUUCCGCCGUCUCUGCCACCGCCCCGCCGACUCCGAUCUCCACAGGGCGGGCGGAGGAGGAGGAGGCAGAGGGAGAUGGCGGCGGAGGAGGGGGCGAUGUCGCCGACGCGGAUGCUGGCGGAGGGGCACCUGCGGGUGGCCACCGGCGGGGGAGCGCCGGCGGACGGAGGGAUCGCCGUCCGACACCUCCCGCACCACCACCCUGUGAAGAAAGAAGGUGCUGGUGGGAAAACUGAACAAGACAACCUUGAAGAUGCAGAUUCCUUACCAUCUCAAGAGUUGAGCAAACUAGUCAAUGGGAACAGUAAGGUUCCUGGUACAUUAGACAGCUAUAAAAAGCUUGUAGUCCCAGUAGUUGAGGAGUAUUUUAGUACAGGAGAUGUGGAGCUGGCAGCUUCCGAGCUAAGGGGUCUUGGAUCGGAUCAGUUUCAGCAUUAUUUUGUCAAGAAGCUCAUAUCCAUGGCAAUGGACCGUCAUGACAAAGAAAAAGAAAUGGCGUCAGUCCUGUUAUCUUCUUUGUAUGCUGAUCUACUGAGCUCCUACAUGAUGACUGAAGGCUUUAUGAUGCUUCUGGAGUCAACAGAAGAUCUGACUGUUGAUAUACCAGAUGCUGUUGAUAUCUUGGCUGUUUUCGUUGCGCGUGCUGUUGUUGAUGAAAUCUUGCCCCCUGUUUUCCUCACUCGAGCCAGAGCACUGCUUCCAGAAUCUUCCAAGGGUAUUGAAGUUCUGCAAGUUGCUGAUAAGAGCUACCUGUCAGCUCCCCACCAUGCGGAGUUAGUUGAACGCAAGUGGGGUGGAAGCACUCACUUCACUGUGGAAGAGGUGAAAAAGAGGAUCCAGGAUAUUUUGAGAGAGUACAUUGAGAGUGGAGACAUAGAUGAAGCUUUUAGGUGCAUAAGGGAGCUGAGCCUUCCAUUCUUCCAUCAUGAAGUUGUGAAACGUGCUCUCACCUUCGGCAUGGAGAACAUGUCUGCGCAGCCAUUAAUCCUGAAGUUGUUGAAGGAGGCAACUGCAGGUUGCUUGAUCAGUUCUAAUCAAAUGUCAAAGGGGUUUUCUCGACUAGCUGAGAGUGUUGAUGACCUGAGCCUUGAUAUUCCUUCUGCUAAAACUUUUUUUGACAAGCUGGUUUCAACAGCCAUAUCUGAAGGAUGGCUUGAUGCUUCUUUUAGUAAAACUGCUGCUCCUGAGGAAGAGAUGCGGAAUGCAAGUGGUGAAAAGAUGAAGCGUUUUAAAGAAGAAUCUGGACACAUAAUACAGGAGUAUUUUCUCUCAGAUGACAUUCCAGAACUUAUUCGAAGCCUUGAAGAGCUCUCUGCUCCAGAAUACAAUCCUAUUUUCCUCAAGAAGCUUAUUACACUUGCUAUGGACAAAAAGAACAGAGAGAAGGAGAUGGCCUCCGUACUCCUUUCUUCACUCAGCUUGGAAUUAUUUUCCACUGAUGACAUCAUGAAGGGAUUCAUAAUGCUCCUGCAGUCAGCAGAAGACACUGCCCUUGACAUUGUGGACGCUUGCAGUGAACUUGCCCUCUUCCUGGCCAGGGCGGUUAUAGAUGAAGUCUUGAUUGCACUGAAUUUGGAUGAAAUCAGCCACAAGCUUCGCCCGAACAGCAGUGGUAGUCAAACUGUCCAGAUGGCCCGUGCUCUGCUGUCAGCUCGCCACUCUGGUGAGCGGAUUCUGCGGUGCUGGGGUGGAGGCACUGGCUGGGCAGUGGAAGAUGCAAAGGACAAGAUCUCCAAGCUCCUGGAAGAAUACAACACUGGCGGUGACUUGGGGGAAGCCUGCCAUUGCAUCCGUGACCUUGGAAUGCCCUUCUUCAACCAUGAAGUGGUAAAGAAAGCGCUGGUCAUGGCAAUGGAGAAGCAGAACGACGCCAGCAUCUUGGCGCUGCUGCAGGAGUGCUUCGGCGAGGGGCUGAUAACCAUCAACCAGAUGACCAAAGGCUUUGCUCGCGUCAAGGAAGGCCUUGAUGAUCUGAUCCUCGACAUUCCAAACGCGCAGGAGAAGUUUGUAGCGUACGUGGAGCUCGCGACAGGACGUGGCUGGCUGCUGCCGACCUUCGCCUCCGUUCCCUGAAGCUUCCUCAGCUGGCGAAACUUGACGAGUCUCCUAUAUGUACAUCUGCACCCAUGCUGUCAUUAGCACCAUACCAAAAUUUUCCUGUUCCUAGCUUACCCGAAGCCGUUAUUAUGCUACAGUAUACCGGAGGAUUGUAGGAUGGCUGUGUCGUCGCUUGUUCAGAUAGUGUUCUAUUGGUCUGGUCUGGGAGGGUAUGACUUGGAGAGUUAAAAGAAUAAAUAAAACCAGUGGAACUUAGUUGAA